AUGACACAUGAUAAACUCACAGUUUCCGCAAGGCAGCUUCAAAAUCACACAUUACAUCCAGAUUUCUUGAAUGAAUACAUCUUGGGUGAUGAACUUGGGUCUGGUGGAUUUGGUUUCGUAGUCUCUGCUACGCGCAAGUCCGAUCGCAAAGAAGUCGCUGUCAAAUUCAUUUUCCGCGACAAAGUGCCUGUCCAUGGCUGGACCAAGGAUCCAGAGUUAGGUGUGAUCCCAAUGGAGAUUUAUGUUCUUCGUAAUGUCGAGCACGCCAAUAUCAUUGGAUAUCUCAACGCUUUUCAAGACCAAAAGUUUUUUUACUUGAUCAUGGAACUCCAUGGAACCCCUUGGUCUGCCAGCAACCCUCUCUUGAGCAAACACAAUACCACAACCUCAUCCUCCAGCUCCAUCAAUCUAGGUCACUUGGGCAGUGAGAAUGAGCCCUUUAUGGAGCCACCAAAGGCUUCGCUUCUGGUCCGUAGAACGUCUUGCGAUCUGUUCGAGUGUAUCGAGCACCACUCCAAAUUCUCAGAAGGACAGGCUCGCAUGAUAUUCAAACAGAUUGUAGAAUGUGUUGAAUAUUUGAACUCGAGAGGAAUUUGUCAUAGGGAUAUCAAGGAUGAGAACAUUGUGAUCGAUAACGACUUUCGAGUCAAGUUGAUUGACUUUGGGUCGGCAGUGAUCAUCCCACGGCCACAGGGCAAGCUCUUUGAUCGCUUCUAUGGGACUAUUAAUUAUGCAUCGCCCGAGAUCUUGAAGGGAGAAAAAUAUCGCGCUGAGGCUGCAGAGAUCUGGGCAUUAGGCAUCUUGUUGUACACUAUCCUUUACGGUGAAGUCCCAUUCAACGACCCUGUGCAGGCUAUUUCCGGUCCUUUCAUCACUCCACGUGUUCGGUCGUCGCCAGACUGUAUACACCUUCUCAACUGGAUGCUCACCAAGAAUCCGGAGCGUCGUGCGACCAUAGAGAAUAUUGUUAACCACCCAUGGCUUUCUGGAUAAGCUGUUUCUGGUUUUGCUCGAAACAGGACUACCAAUACAGAUCUGCCGUAUGGGCCAUCUGACCAAUGGCAUUGAAACCUGCCAAGACUCACACAUUUUGCAUUUUUCCACUUUAUU